AUGCAAAUGUUAGGAAGUGUGCUUCUCUUUUCAUCAUUUCUCUUCCAAAUUCAUAUUUUUGUAGAAAAAAAGUAUGCUAUUGCGGAUCUUGAAGUUACUGUUGGUGAUGAAAAGCAUUUGGAUGUGUGCGUAAUAGCACAUAAUUGGAUUAGUGAAGAUGGCGAAAAUUGUCUUUAUCCUACUUACUUAGCCCCUAAAAAACAAGCCAACGCGACCAAGACAUGCAUGGAGCCCACUGCAAAAUUCAACACCUAUCCAGCCAUUAUUCGUGCUUGGUUUGUGACAUAUGAAGAAGCAAGGAGGAAGUUAGAACGGGCUGUUGAUAAAACUGAUUUAGAAUCUGAUGCAAACAAAGAAUUUGUCAUCGUCGGAAGAUGA